AUGGACAACGACGAUGCCAGCAACCAGGGCAAAAGCGACACCAAUCUGGGCAACGGCAGUAGCAGUAUCAGCAGUAGGAACAACAGCAGCAGCAGCACCGCGGGCAGCAGCGGCAGCAGCAGCGGCAGCGGCAGCGGCAGCGGCAGCGGCGUGAAGAACAGCACCCUGGGGGCUGUCGUGGAUGACGUGAAGGAGCUGGGGCAGCGGAUCGACGACGACCUGCACCACAGCAAGGGGCAGACUGUGGCGGCAGCCGUGCUGGGCAGCGUCCUGCUGGUGGCCAUCGCUGGCACGGGUGCGCGCGACUCGGGCGCGCCUGGAACUGCCUGCUGGUGCCGGCACUUCCGCAUGCAAUGCUUGUAG